AUGUCACUGCUCCCUAAGCAAAGAAGAUACUCAAGAAUAGCACCGACACAAAGUGAAACUUCAUCUUUCAUAUCACUCACAGGAGAGACAGUUAGAGGUGAUGAUGAUGAUGAUGAUGAUGAUAAUGAUGAUAAGAACCCAGCAUUUGAUGAGGAGGGCAAACUCUUCAGACCGCCUGGAGUUUCACACUCAUCUAGUGAACUACGCGUGGAGGGCAACUUAGCCGGAGGCGCUGAUCAACCAAUGGAAUACUCCCAGCUGAAUUCCAUUGUAAGUCCAACGUUGGGAGUUUCUGAUCCUUCCAAGUUGGGUCAAUCAGCAUUUGCGAGUCCGUCUGAGUCAACGGUUUCAGUUUCAUCCCCUUCAAUUUCCACCACAUCCAGAGUAAAUCUAGUCUCGGAAUAUACUCAGGAUGAACAACUUCGAGACAAACUUGCUCAUUCAUCUUACAUCCCUCCUUGGACUGCUCCUUAUAUUAUAGGAAUUGCCGGUAAUUCUGGAAGUGGGAAAACAUCAAUAUCUCAACAGAUUAUUCAAGGCAUUAAUCAACCUUGGACGGUGCUUUUAUCGUUUGAUAACUUUUACAAGUCUUUAUCACCGGAGGAAAGCAGGCGAGCAUUUGCUAAUGAGUAUGAUUUUGAUACUCCACUGCUGUUGGAUUUGGAUGCAGUUGUUGAAACUGUACGCACUUUGAAAAGAGGAGGUAAAUCCACAAUACCCGUUUACUCAUUUGCAAAGCAUGCUAGGAUUGACAAGACAAAUACCAUAUACGGGGCCAAUGUGAUCAUCGUGGAAGGGCUAUAUGCCUUGUACGAUCCAAGACUAUUAGCAAUGAUGGAUUUGAAGAUAUACGUUGACACCGAUUUGGACAUCUGCCUAUCAAGACGUUUGAUUCGAGAUAUUCUUUACAGAGGUCGUGAUUUAAAUGGAGCCAUUAAACAAUGGACGACUUUUGUGAAGCCCAACGCCGUCAAAUACAUCAAUCCCACUAAGGAAAAUGCUGAUUUGGUUAUCCCUCGCGGAUUGGACAAUACAAUCGCUAUUGAUCUCAUGAUAAAGCAUAUUAAAAACCAGUUGGCUCUCAAAUCAAAGAAACACUUGCAAAAUUUGAAAAGCUUGGGCUAUGAUAUUGCAUUCAAGGUGGAGAGCUAUCCUAAUUUGAAGAUAAUGAGACCCACAAAUCAACUUCGGGGAAUCAAUGCGAUACUAUUCAACAAAAAUACCUCAAGAGAUGAUUUCAUAUUUUACUUUAACCGGUUAAGUGGAUUAUUAAUCGAACACGCUCAGCUGAACUUUUACGAUUACAAACCAAAGGAGGUAAUUUGCUUUGAAAAACCAUACAAGUACCAAGGAUUGCGAGCCCAGCAAUCGCAAAUGGUUGCAGUAAGCAUCAUUCGGAGUGGCGAUUGUUUCAUGACUUCGUUGAAAAAAACAUUUCCAGAAUUAACUGUAGGCAAAAUGUUGAUACAAAGUGAUUCAUCAACUGGUGAACCUCAACUACAUUACGAAAGUUUACCUCAUAACAUCAGUAGCAUUGGUAAGAUAUUAUUGUUGGACUCCCAAACUAUCAGUGGAGCAGGUGCGAUAAUGGCAAUUCAAGUGUUGGUUGAUCACAAAGUCAAACAAGAAAAUAUUAUUUUUGUGAGUUAUUUAUCUACUGAAAUCGGAGUUAGAAGGAUUUUGAAUGUGUUCCCCAAGGUUCAAUUAGUCAUCGGUAAAUUAUCAUCAAUGGAUGCGACACAAUUUGGCGAAGCAGAGUCCGGAAACAAAGGAAACGCGUUGUGGUACAAUGAAGAAAGCUUUUUAGAUAGUCAUUGGCACUUUAGAAACAGGUUCAUAGAUAGUUUAUAUUUUGGUACAGACUAA